AUGAACCUGGCAAAUGUUGAUAUAAUUGGAAAUAUUGUCGGUCUUAAUUCUUUUGAAUUGAAUAACAUUAUAGUUGGAAAUUCUAGUUUGAGUGGUGAAGGAUUAUGGAUUUUGCCAUCUUAUUUUAAUCAUUCAUGUAUUGAUGAAAAUGGUACACAAUAUAUUCUUGGAGAUUUAAUGUUUAUACGAUCUCUUAGACCUAUUUUACAAGGCGAGGAACUACUUGUUAAUUACAGAAGUGGUGAAAGCAACAAUGAGAUACGAUUAAUGCUUCUUAAAUCAAUGGGUAUAGAUUGUCAAUGUCGACUUUGUAAGUUGGAUAAAUCUGAAACACCAGAGACGACACAUAAAAGAGCACAAUUACUUAAUACUGUCGAAAAAUUACUCAAACUUGUAACAAAUGAACCUGAACCUGAACCUUCUCUUAUUAAAAAAUUAGAAAAGACGAUUUUUGAAUUACACAAUCUUAGAAAAGAACAUCCAGAACUUGAAUUUGAUACAUUAGAACCAAAUAGAAUUAUAUCACUUGCUUAUCGUAAAAAUGGAAACUUAAGAAAGGCACUUUCUAUCCUAAAAGGGGUAUACAAUUCAUAUAAAAAUGUUUAUCUGAAAAACAUUAAUUGGAUUGUCCUUGAUAUCGUAUCAUUAUGCACUGAUCUCAAGCAGAUGGAAGAAGCAAGAAAAUGGGUUGACAUAUUAUUGAAGGGUUCGGUAGAACCUUUAUUAGGAAAAUUUAAGGAUGAAGAUAAAUGGAAAAAAGAAGCACUUUAUUUGAUGGAAAAAAAGAAACUGAUCCGUUUAUGA